AUGGUCAAGCUCGCGCGUGCCCUCGACUUCCCUCGAUCUGAAGUCUACUGUGAUGUCAUGGAGAAGAUGAGGUACACCCUCCGUGCGAAGAGGGUGGAGAUGUGGAUCCGCGUCGUCAAGAGGGAUUUCCUCGACACCGCGGAAAUCAAGGUCAUGGGCUUGGACUGCGAGUUCACCGACCCUUGCAAGGGUAACCAACGCACCGCCGUCCUAUUCUAUGGCGCGGCAAUCCACAAGGACCACAAUGAUGUGGAUAUGUUGCAGACCUACGGAAUUAUUACUCUGUCUGCGAUCAACCUGCAGCAGAUCCUCCAGAACCCCGUCCCAAGAAAGCAGACUCCGAGUUUGUAUGAUUUGGCAAAUCAUUAUAUUAGGACGGGUCUCGAGCAGAAGAAGUUUAAUUAUAAGAAGAACAAGCCGCCGAAGAUCGUCAAGGAAUUAGAAGAAGCAUUUGGAUGGGGCGAUUUUCCCUUGAGCCAUAAGCAACUGCAGUAUGCCGCUCUCGACGCUCGCCUCGGCUUCGAGCUGGGUAGGAGGCAUUUUCGGGCACUUGGCUACAAUAGCCAUAUGGAUCGCCUCGGACUUAAUAUUUAUGAGUAG